CCUCCGCUGUUGCUGGAGGGGGGGAAAAAAAAUCCCUUGUCUCAGACCGUGCAGACAGACAAGAGGACCGACAGACUAGAGACACCCCCGCAUAGUUUCCGUCAGCCGGGUGACGUCUCCGCCUCUCAGCCCGUGUGCAGUGUGACGUUACGGGCUGUAGUGGAGCCUCUAUCUGCAUCUUGUUGACGGUUCGCCAGGCUUUUCCAGUGCUGAGAAGACCCCGGAGCGGAGAGGACGACGCGGACGUCGUUCAGACAGCGGAUCAAGAACCUACAAAACGUACGGAACCAUCAUGCAUGUGUCAAGCUACCAGGAGACUUGUGUCAUUUAGAAAAGACUUGAGGUGGGAAAAAGGAAAACAAGGAACAGACAACAGAAGAGAAAGCGGAGGACAAGAAUUCCCGGACUUGGACAUGGCCAGCACCCAGACCAGUCUGAAAACCCCUUUUAAAGACUUGAUCUCAUUUAAGGGUAACAUGAAGAGGCUGUACAGGGAGCGAAUGGAGGAUGCGCCCAUCAAGAAGCGAGUGAUGGCGGAGAUCAAUCUGAAGAGGCGCGGCUUGGACUGCCUCCCGAAAACUCCUAAAGUAAAGAAGGAGCAGACGGAAGAUCUGAACCGUGAGGCUGAGAUGGACAUGGAGAGCCGGAGCGAACUGCACAUUGUGGGCUCGGCUAAAGCGCUGGACCUGAGUCCUGGUCUCAAACACACGCUGGCCCAGUUUACCCUCAGCAGCCAGAGCUCCCUCGGAGGCCCGGCUGCAUUCUCAGCCCGUACGGGGCAUGAGCAUUCCCCUAUUGGGAUGCCCCCCCUGCCCUCCCCGCCUGUUUUGGGAGGGGGCCCCCUUCUGGUUCCCUGCGACAGCUCCACUGAACUCACCCACUCUCUGUUGGAAGGAGAGUCCAUCUCCUGCUUUGUCGUUGGGGGCGAGAAGCGGCUCUGCCUGCCUCAGGUGUUAAACUCGGUGCUCCGGGACUUCUCACUGCAGCAGAUCAAUACUGUGUGUGACGAGCUCUACGUCUACUGCUCUCGCUGUGAUGCCGAGCAGCUGCACAUCCUCAAGGUGCUGGGCAUUCUGCCGUUUAAUGCACCUUCCUGCGGCCUCAUCACGCUGACGGAUGCACAGCGGCUGUGCAACGCCCUCCUGCGUCCAGGGGCCACCCUGCCCACUGAUCCCAGUGGAAAGCUGUUGGCCCCGGGCCUGCUGAAGGAGAAUGAGGCUAGCUUCCAGGUGGAGCACCAGUGUCUGGGCAAGUGUCAGGGCCUCUUCGUGCCCCAGUUCUACACCCAGCCCGAGGCCCACUGCAUCCAGUGUGUUGAAUGCCAGCUGCUGUUUUCGCCACAGAAGUUCGUCAUGCAUUCACACAAGUCACCUGAUAAGAGGACCUGCCACUGGGGCUUUGAUUCGGCCAAAUGGCCCUGCUACCUACAGCUAGCCAGGAAGUACCAGGGGACCCCUGAGGAGCCCAGACUGAAGCAGCUCCUGAAUGAGGUCAAAGAGAAGUUCCACUAUCAGCUGAAGAGUUCCCUUGACAAAAAGUUGGGAGAGGAAGAGGAGAGCCAGCUGAGGAAGUCCUCAAUGGAAAUUUACUCCGUUUCUGAUAAGUUAGCUGAUGCAGAGCCUAUGAGAAAGGGGAAACCACCCCAACCUGGCCUGGUGUUCAACCGUCUCUUCACGGACAUCAAGGAGGAGCCAGGACACCCCACCCUGGUCCAUCCCAGUUACUACCUGUACACGUAUGAUAAGAUGGUGGCUCCCAACGUUUCUCUGAGGAGGGAGGCUGAGAUGAGCCCCGAGAUGCUGGGCGCGCUGCUCAAACAUCACUAUAGCCGCCGGAUGCUGGGUCACGAAGAGCCACCAAUGGAUCUCCAUGCGUCGCCUACUGUCAUGGACAGCACCGAUCAGGCCAAAUCCCAGAGUGCGGCAGCUGCCUUGGCCACUGAGAGGGAAAGCCAAGCCCAGGCAGUUUCCAUGGAGACGAUCAGCCCAUGCUGCAAGAAAGCCACCCACAUCCCCUCCCACACUCCUCCUCCUGCAUCUCUUCCUCGGUCUGUGUCGUUGAUGUCGUCAGAAACGGAAGCAGCGCCUAAGGACAUGAGCGCCGCCGCAAUGGUGGGGGGGGUUGAGGACGACAAGGACAGGAUUGUUGUGGAGAUCAUGCAGAUGUACAGCAGGCAGCAUGAGAAGCUCAACUCCACCCUGCAGAAGCAGCUGCAUCUGGAAAUGGAGCUGGAGGCGUUGCGCGGGGGUGAAGCAGCGAGGCUACGGGAGCUGAGCGCCGAGCAGCGGGAGCUUCGCAGCGAGCUGGAGGCGGUGCACAGCGAGCAGGCUCGGCAGCUCGGCCAGGCCCGCCAGGAGCAGCUGGAGCUGGAGACCCGUCUGGAACAGCUGCGACAGCAGGCCUGCGCCUGCGAGCCGGGGGCCCAACGGCAGCAGGAGGCCCACUACGCUGCACAGUUGUCGGAGCUGCGGCAGAGGCUGGAGCAGGCCGAGGCCGACCGGCAGGGGCUGCAGGAAGAGCUCCACCGGGAGCGGGAGGCGCGGGAGAAGCUGGAGCACACCAUCACCCAGCUCAAACAGCAGAUGGCUCAGUCUGGUAUAAUGGGAGGCAGCCCAUCUCCUCCUCUCACCCCCUCCACAGGACCCCUGAACGCCUACUCUCCACCCUGCUCUUCCUCCAUGCCUGAGGCUGCAGUGGCUGGCCUGAAGUAACUGCAACAUGCCAUCCCUGCUUAAAUUUUCUCCCUAUCACUCGCCAACAGAUACAAGCAAUCCAGCCUGACCCUCCCCAGGCUCCCCUUCUUCUCCCAUUUAAAAAAAAAAAAAUAUGAUAUGAUUUAUGUUUUUUUUUUAUUCCCAGUCCUGUCUUUAAAGAGUAUUUAAAGAUUUUUGGGCAUGUAUGUUUGAUUUAAUUUAUAGUUUUUACUGAACUAACAGCUGCUUUAGAGACAGGAAGUUCCAUCACUAUCUGUCCCCAUCCAGAUCAUAAUCCUUCCUGCUCCCUGGUUCCUGGAACUAAAGACUCUGGAUUUUGGACUUUCUGUUCCUUGCUGAUGACACUUUAUGCUACUACCUGGCACGGCAGCCGGUACCUACAGACUUUAUAAACAUGAAGCCCAAAUCGUCAUGAACCAGCGGGUGGAGGAGAUUAAAAUGGCAUCUCUCUCUCUACAUAUAUAUAAAAAUAUAUAUUUUCUUUUGGAGUCCUUACAAACAUAAAUAAAUAUAAACACAUUAAAAUAUUAAGUCUUUAUGGAGGUAAAAAGACCUUUACUGUACAAAAACAGACGUUUGUUAUUUGCAGAUGCUGUAGAAGCUCAUGAAAAUAUGCCAGUAAUGACGCUGAAGUGACUGAGUGUGUCCUCCCCUCCCCCCUUCAUCCCACUUGUACAAGAUCCUUGCUAUGAAAUAUUUCAGCCUGGAGCCCAGAUUGGUUUCAUCAGCAAGGCAGCACGCAGCUUCUUGACUGGUCUUCUUCAUCCAGAAUCUAAUAUAAGAGCAGUCGGUCUGGGCGUGGGUCAUUUACUGGUAUCAAGGUGUAUCCUAGGAGUUUUAAAAGGUUCCUGUUUCAAAACUGCUAACAUGUCCCCUCAUACUGUUCCUAGGAAUUAAAUUCCUUCAUGAGAUCCAGGGGAAAGUGACCAGAGUUUUCUCAAACUGUAUAGAGUGUAGAUUAAAAAAAAACAUUGCCCCUUCCCCACUUGUUGCUGCACACUGACAGUAAACUGGCUGAAAGUAGGCUACUGCAUUUUCCCCCUCGCUUACAAGAAAGGCAACAUUGGCUGAUUGGAAAUAUUUCUGGUUCCACCCAACUUGAAAAGUCACGGCCCUAAUAAUAAACCAGCUAUUGUAAGUCAUGAGUUGCUGUAUAAAGAGCAGAAGGAAUGAAAAGUAUAAUAUUCUACUCAAUGAACAACAAAACUAACAAAGUAAGAAGGUGAUUAUUCUAGAUUUUUGCUCAAGUCUCUGCAUUAAAUCAAUAUAACAAUAAAUAUUUUAGUAAAUAUAGCUGCACGGCAGUUUGGGAAUUUUUACCUAUACCUUUGCUUCUUAUUUUUAUUUGUAGUUAAUUUUAGAGAUUAAUAAUCAUUAAAUUCUCAAAACCUUGUAAUUAAAAACUUGUAUUACAGCCAAUUUCCAGUUGAUUCACAUAAAAUUAGCACUUCAUUUGCUGAUUUGGGCAACAUGGCUUCCCGCUCAGGGCGCCAAUUUCUAAGGAGCGCCACAAGCUGUGAGGGGAAAACAAAUCCACACCCAACCAGGAAACUUACAGACUUUACAGUGUUUAUCCAGGCAUCAAUCAUUAAGAGAAUGUAGCGACAGCAGGCAAAGCAAUUGCCUUGUAGGGCUAGUCAAAGUAAAUGAUAAGUUAUGUACAGCUUUGGGUAGAUGUGUAAGAAGAAGGGGUUGCACAGAAUAAGGAGCUCUCAAGGCGUCAUUCAUCCACUGUAAAUAUGACAGAUUAAAACCCCUGAUCAAACCAAGAUAACUGAGAAUGCAUAACAUUUAUUCAAGUCAUAUGACCAAAUUUUCUUAAAGUAGUCUUUGGAAGGAAUAAAGAAAAUUACUUUUUAAGUUGUCUCUUGUCACAGCAGCUGUAAAACAUCUAGUGGCAGACGGUUCCUUUUUGGUCCAAAAUAAAUGGGGUAUGAAUAAGCUGCGAAAGUAGGAAAUGGCAGGACGGGCGAAAUGACCAGAACUGUCAAAAUCAAUAUAUUCGGUAUGUUAUUUCAGCAGCAGCAAGAGUUAUUGUUGCUUUUCUAGUUUAAACAAAAGCUGGGAGUUCAUAUUUAAUUUGUUUAUUUUAGAUUUAUGUGUAAAGACCUUUAACCUGCGGUAUUUUUUACUCAGAUCUCACUCCGGCCCGUGCCUAGUUUGGACACAGGUGCAGCUUUUUCUGAGUCACCAUGACAACCCAUAGAAAAACCGGCACGUCUGCACACACCGAGGUGUGUCAGCGCACUGCGGGCAUCCAUGCGGAACGGUGGCCCCAGCGUUCCCAGCAGAUGAUCAAAGCUACAGUCUGUCACUGCUCUCUGGGCUCCUCUCUUUCUCUUUUUUUUGACUUCAUUGUUAGCGGACGGUUUUAUCCCCCUUGUCGUCUAAGAAUGUGGGUCGCAGGUGAAAGCUGAUGGUUCAGUAGAGUUUCGGGUCCUCUUUGCACUUAUUCUUCUUGGCUGAACAAACAGCGUAUAGCAGGGUGGAGGAGGAGGAGGAGGGGGUGUCCAGGACAUUUAGCAUUGAGGCUGUCGCUCCUCACUCAUGGCAGGCUGGGUGGCCCCGACGCCGGCUGCACUGGGGGACCCCCCUUUCCCUCCCUGCCCCCGUUCCAGGCAGCUGCUGAUGUCUGGGGCCCUCUAGCCACCCUCUGGUGGAUGACCCACAUCCAGAUCCCCUCAGAUGCCCAGGAGGGCGAGCAGACGAGGAAUCUCAUCAUGCCCAGGCUGAAGCUCUUUUUUAUCGCCACUAUAAAAAGAUCCUUGUGAGCGAGUGUGUGUGUGUGUGUGUGUGUGUGUGUAAAUAACUGUGUAAUGGGAUCAUCCUCGGCGACACUCUGAGCUUCUUUUUUUAUGCAUCUGCUAUUAAUGCAAAUUGAUAAGACAUUCCACUGUGCUCCAUUCUGUUCAAUGCAGAUUUUCUUACACAGCCUCCCUUUACAGAGACCGACCUGAAGGAGCGGACAGAGUGCAGGUGGAACACAUGUACACUCUACUGUUGUUGCAUUGAAAACAUUUAUUAAGAUGAUGAAAGAAAAUAUUUAACAUAUUAACGAAAGGUUUAUAUUCACUUUGUAAAUAAAGUAGUCAUUAAUAUAUUAACUGUUCUUAUAUAGAUAAUCUUUAAAAGGUUAUAUGAUUUGGACCACAGCUAAGGCUUCAGUGGGCCUAAAUGCUUUUGCUUUCUUGUAUUUAAAAAAAACAAAAAAAAGACUUUUCAGAUGGAUUUUCUGGAGUGGAUGUGGGGGAAUGAAGUGCAUGGUUUACUUAGACAUCAACAAUAAAAAAUCUAGAAAAGAAAAAAGUAAAAAAAUAUUUGUUACACACUUUUACUCCACUUUCAGAACCCGACGCUGUUGUUUUUAUGGAUUUUAUCAUGAAAGACUGUUUUGUUUUUGCUAUUUGAACCUUCUCCCUUAAUCUAAAUCAGAAAUUUGUUCCGAGAAAACGUUUUGGAGAAAAAAAGAAACGAAGAAAAAAAUUGUUUGCAUGUUUUGCUGCCCUUACAGUUUGUGUCGCCAAGUUCUAAUCUGUUUGUUAGAAAAAACUAAGAAAAACAAAGACUGAAGAUUUUCCUCCACUGAUUCUCCUUUGCAUGAAUCAUUGAACAUGUGCAAAGUUUCCCUAGUGGUUGAGAUGCUGGCCAGGAUAUAAAGCCAGAGUAUCAUAUUGAAGUUAGUAAACUGUAGAAUAUUUGGGUCUUACUUAAAUCUAAUUUUCUGUCCCCACAUUUAAAUCAUGUAUCAACCCGUCAUGCUAAGCAGUAUUACUUUUUACUCCUCUAUUUGCUUCUGCUGCAGAAAAUAAAACUAAAUUGUUUUUUUUUUCUACUUUUCAGAGUAGUUUGCAUUUUUAUGAACAAGUGUUUAGUCUAUUUAAGUGUGAAUUUAUUACUAACAAGUCGGAUGGAAAAAUCCCUUUUAAGAUGGCAUGCUGGGCUUUUUUUGUUUUGUUUUUUGCGGCGUCCUGAGAGCUUAGAUGAGAUUUCUACAGGUGUGGGGUUUGCCAAACUGAUUGAAAUAAAAAGGAGGCGCCACAAAAUGACUGCAGGAGACUUUGGAAUUUACACAUCAUGUUAAAAACGGUUGAAUAAAAGAAACCUAAAUCUGUUGCUUUCUCAUCAGUGCUGCUUGGAAACAUGAAACGCUGUGUCUGUGUGUGUGACCAUUUCAUACUACUAUGCCAAUACUACAGUGUGAUGAGACUUUUUGUUCUUGCAUGAAUUAGAGACACUGUUCUCCUACCUCAUGUUGUGAUAUAAGAUGUUUUUUUAAAGCAGAGGACACUGCAUCUCUAACUGUUGAGCAUCAUUAUUAAAUGACAUACCUGUAAAUGCUUUUAGCCGAUACCUCAGUUGUAUCUAGUGUUUUUUUUUUUGUUUUUUUUUUUUUUUUCUUCCCUGAUUUCAAAUCUUGUAAAUAAACCCUGUAUAGACGAUGAACUUGGAUCAAAUUCAAGUAAAGUUCUGUAGUGUCAAAACUA